AAACAUUUGAGCCGUUUCCUGUCAAGAUCAGAAUUCACAAUUUGAAUCAAAGGACUUGCAGAACUGUCACACAGGUAUUGAUGAGGAAUGGCAACGUCCACGAUUAUCAUCUGUAGCUUGUGUCAGGAAGACAACGAAACCAGUACAGCUGUCACGUGGUGCGCGGAGUGUGAGGUAUUUCUAUGUUCUGAAUGUCAGAAACAUCAUGGCCGAUCCAAGAUGUCAAAACAUCACCAGGUCAUGGGUAUACAUGACUACCAAAACUUACCUGAAUCCAUGCUGAAUAUUAAAAACAACUGUGAAGAUCACGACUUGAAGUAUGAGCUCUUUUGCGGUUUUCAUGAUUGUGCCUGUUGCAUGAAGUGUAUAAAAGACAAACAUGACAACUGUAAAGGUCUUGUUUCGCUGGAUGAAGUUGUAGGGAAUAUAAAGUCGUCUGCGUUUGUGUCCGAAGUCCAAACGGAUCUUAUUAAUCUUCACGAAAAUCUAAAGACAAUCAAAUUAUUUUUCUCGGAAAACCUUAGUGCUCUGGAAAAGCAGAAAUUAGAAGCAACGAGUCGAGUUCACACCAUGCGUCAGUCAAUUAAUAACCACUUAGACAAACUUGAAGAAAUUUUGCUCGACGAUAUAAGAUCAGAAUUCACAAAUUUGCAAGAGACAAUUGGGAAUAUAAAGAGUGAAAUUGAAAGCAAAACCGAUCAGGUUGAAGAAAAACAAAAAGAUUUUUCUAAAAUGGUUGAGUUUUCAACUGAUCUUCAAACAUAUUUCGUUCUACAUGAAGUAGAAAAAGUUAUAAAGCAAGAAGAACAGUUUAUAAAUAAAUUGAAAUCUGCAGACAAGCUUCGUGAGAAGAGAAUGAAGGUCGACUGCUUUGAUCUAGAGUCAACUGUAAGAUGUACAAAAGAGUUUGGAAAAUUGUCGAUUUACUUAUCACCUAACAAUUUGCAACUUAAAACAAAAGUAGAAAGUCAACUUCAGUCUUAUUUUAAAAACCCGGUUCUUAGCAUAGUCAAACCAGUACUCAAGCAAAGAUUCAAAAUGCCUAAAAACCCAGUGCACAUAUCUGGGUGUCAGAUAUUACCAAAUAGUGAUAUUGUGUUCGUAGACCAAGAACACAACUCUCUUUUACUAUUUAACAAUGCUGGUGUAUUUGUCAAAGAAAUAAUGACUUUCAUUAAUACACCAUCCGAUAUCUGUUACGUCAGACAGAGGGAAAUUGCUGUUACACUCCUCGACAAGCGGAGAGUUUUCAUUAUUGAUGUAGACAGAAACAAGGUAGUAAGACGAACAGAUGUAGAUGGCAGGUGCUGUGGAAUUUGCACCUAUGAACAAAUGAUGUAUGUAAUAUGUGAUGCGAAUUCUGUUCUUGUGUUAGAUUUUGACCUUAAUGUAGAAAAUUCAAUUCAAAUAGUUACAAAUAGUUUGAGUCGUAUUGCUGUAUUCGGAGACCGUUUAUAUUGUACCCACUCGAUUGACAAUAGUGUAGUCUGUUACAGCAAAGAAGGAGAAAAGUUUUGGUUUUUUAAUGACGAGAUCCGUUUUCCAUUCGGUAUUGAUAUAGAUAAGAAUGGAUUUGUGUAUGUUGCUUGCAAAGGCAGCAACAACAUUAUAAUAUUGUCCCAAGAUGGAACAAAAAAAGAAGUUAUAAUGUCCGAGGACAGUGGUGUUGAAAAGCCAUUAGCUUUAAACAUUGACAGAGAAUUGUCUAUUUUCGUGUUCAGCAAUGAAAAUGGUGAAUCCUUUUACCUUUCAACAUAG